ACAUUAUUUGAUAGUUAAACGUUAAAAUGUUCGGUGAUCUCUUGCAAAAUGACAACGACAGAUUUUUUAAACAGUUGUACAAAGAUUUUCAAAGAUCGGAGAAAGACUUGGUGGAAUGUAUUGGGAUUAUAAGAAAAUGGAGUGAAGCGCAAAAGCAUUUUCCAGAAAAACCAAGUGAUGGUCUACUCCGUUUCGUAAUCCUGUACAAUAAAUUCAGUAUAGAAACAGCCAAACAAAAGUUGGACACAUUUUAUACAAUAAGAAGCCUCAUGCCGGAAUUUUUCAAAACUCACCCAUUGACUGAAGAAUGGAUUCUGCAACGCAAAAUCUACUAUUUAGUUCCUCUGCCCAAAGUUGACGAUGAAAACAUAAGGAUAAUCUACCAAAAAACAAAUCCAGAAUAUAAAGAUGCAAAGUAUUUUAAUUUUGAGAAGAAUUUAGUUCUUUUCUGGCACGUCAUGCAAUAUCUGGUUGAGAAUGAUCUGUGCUAUCGUUUCCAUUUCAUUUGCGAUUGUUCUGGAUUUACUUUGGGACAUGCUGCUAAGAUGAAUCCUUUAAGUUUGAAGAAAUCACAGAUAAUAUUGGAAAAAGUCUUUUCGAAUCGAAUGGCAUCACUUCACAUGGUAAAUUUACCUUCAAUCCUAGAAAGUUUUAUCAAUAACGUGUUUAAACCUUUGCUUAAUGCUAAACUUCAAGAUCGACUUCAAGUGAGUUCAAGCGCAGAUAAUUUGUUCAAAAUAUUUGGUAAAAAACGACUUCCCAAAGAUGUAGGAGGCGAACAAAAACCUUUAAGUCAACUAAGUGAUAUGUUAACACGAGAAUACAAAAAACACGAAGUAAGAUUUUUUCAGCUGCAAAAUCUUACUGUAAAUGAAUCUCUAAGACCAGCCAAACUCCAAAACGAUGAAUUACUAGGUUAUUAUGGCAGUUUUAAGAAACUGGAUAUUGAUUGAAACUAUUGUUUUGAUUUGAAUGUAUAUUUGAUAAUUAUUGUAAGCUGUGAUUAUUGCUUUAUUGACAACAAAAUUUAAUUUAUUUCUGGAAACCAAGUAGUAAUAAAAGUAAAAAAGUAA